GGAGAUGAGCCUGUCCUUUGUGAAGGCGCGGUGCAUGCCGGGUAAUGGGGGAGGGCUUUCUUUGCAGGUUUGGGCCUGCCGCUUCUUUCCUCAAUUUUUCUUCCGUUUUGGACGUUUUCUCCGGGAUUUUGUCAUCCGAAAACAAGCACAGGGUCCAACAUUGAGAAGUACUACACAUUAGUUACCAGUUGGAGUAGACAGCCCUAGCACACACACAAGUCUUCAGGAUGGCAUUACCAGGAAUGCCUCCACUUCGGCCGCCGGGCGAUCCAAUUGGACCCCCACCCAUCGGUCCACCGCUUGGUAUCCCCCCUCCGGUGGCGCUGGACAGGUUCUGUUGCCCCCGACGACCCGACAUCGGAACGGUGGGACGACGCAUCAGCCUGCGGGCCAACCAUUUCAAAGUCUCCAUGCCGAAAGGCGACCUCCACCAUUAUGACAUCAGUAUUAUCCCAGACAAAUGCCCUCGCAGAGUCAACAGAGAGAUCAUUGAAAAGAUGGCCCAAGCGUACGCCAACCGGAUCUUCGGGGACCUCCGUCCUGUCUUCGAUGGACGCAAGAACCUGUACACCAGGGAUCCUCUUCCAGUGGGAACAGAAAAGGUGGAGCUUGACGUGACGUUACCGGGGGAUGGCGGGAAGGACCGCCACUUCAAAGUGUCGAUGAAGUGGGUGGGGAAGGUGAGCCUGUACGCGCUGGAACAGGCGCUGGAGGGACGACUGGCCACCGUCCCGUUCGAGGCUAUCCAGGCGCUGGACGUGGUCAUGAGACAUCUUCCAUCCAUGACGUAUACUCCCGUGGGGAGAUCCUUCUUCUCGUCCCCCGAGGGCUACAGUCACCCCCUGGGUGGGGGGCGCGAGGUGUGGUUCGGCUUCCAUCAGAGCGUCAGACCCUCCCAGUGGAAAAUGAUGCUCAACAUUGACGUUUCUGCCACUGCGUUCUACAAGGCCCAGCCAGUGAUAGAGUUCAUGUGCGAGGUGCUGGAUGUGAGAGACAUCCACGACCAACGGCGACCCCUCACCGACUCGCAAAGGGUCAAGUUCACCAAGGAGAUCAAAGGGCUGAAAGUGGAGAUCACACACUGCGGACAGAUGAAGCGAAAGUACCGCGUAUGUAACGUGACACGCAGACCAGCGCAGACACAGACGUUCCCUCUUCAGUUGGAGGAUGGAAGAACUGUGGAGUGCACUGUCGCAAAAUACUUCUUGGAGAGGCACAAGAGGAGGCUGGAGUUUCCUCACCUGCCGUGUCUACAGGUGGGACAAGAACAGAAACACACCUACCUGCCACUCGAGGUGUGCAACAUCGUUGCUGGCCAGCGCUGUAUCAAGAAGCUGACGGACAUGCAGACAUCCACCAUGAUCAAGGCCACUGCCAGGUCAGCUCCGGACAGGGAACGAGAGAUUAUCAGACUGAUGCAGCGCGCCAACUUCAACGCGGACCCCUACGUCCGAGACUUCGGAAUCAGCAUCUCUAACGACAUGGCGGAAGUGGAAGGCCGCGUACUCGACCCUCCCAUGCUUCAGUAUGGAGGACGGGUAAACAAUACACGUGCCACCGUGGUGCCAAACCAAGGUGUGUGGGACAUGAGAGGAAAGCAGUUCCACACGGGCAUAGAGAUCCGCGUCUGGGCCAUGGCCUGCUUCGCACUGCAGAGGCAAUGUAGCGAGCAGGCUCUCAGAAAUUUCACCCAACAGCUCCAGAGGAUCUCCAACGACGCCGGCAUGCCGAUCGUGGGCCAGCCGUGCUUCUGUAAGUACGCGACGGGCGCGGACCAGGUGGAGAAAAUGUUCCAGUAUCUCAAGAACACCUUUCAGGGGCUGCAGCUCAUCCUGGUGGUCCUGCCGGGCAAAACACCUGUCUAUGCGGAGGUAAAGCGCGUGGGAGACACCAUGUUGGGCGUGGCCACGCAGUGCGUACAGGUAAAGAACGUGAUCAAGACGUCGCCCCAAACCCUGUCCAACCUGUGCCUGAAGAUCAACGUCAAACUGGGAGGGGUCAACAACAUCCUGGUCCCACACAUACGUCCUGGAGUGUUCCGAGAGCCAGUCAUCUUCCUGGGCGCUGACGUCACGCACCCCCCAGUAGGCGAUGAAAAGAAGCCUUCCAUCGCUGCGGUCGUGGGUAGCAUGGACGCCCAUCCCAGUCGCUACGCGGCGACCGUACGCGUGCAGACCCACCGUCAGGAGAUCAUUGCUGACCUGGCCUCCAUGGUGCGGGAACUUCUGAUACAGUUCUACAAGUCGACACGCUUCAAGCCGACCCGGAUCAUCAUGUACCGAGAUGGGGUCAGCGAGGGCCAGUUUCAACAGGUGUUGUGGCACGAGCUGCGAGCGAUCCGUGAGGCGUGCGUGAAACUGGAGGUCGGGUACGAGCCGGGCGUGACCUUUAUCGUGGUGCAGAAGCGCCACCACACCAGGCUGUUCUGCUCCGACAGGAAGGAACAGAUUGGGAAGAGUGGUAACAUCCCUGCUGGUACUACUGUUGAUGUUGGUAUCACCCACCCCACGGAGUUUGACUUCUACUUAUGCAGCCACGCCGGCAUACAGGGUACCAGCCGCCCAUCGCACUACCACGUUCUGUGGGACGACAACAACUUCAUGGCAGACGACCUCCAGAUGCUGACCUACCAGCUGUGUCACACCUACGUCCGCUGUACGCGCAGCGUCUCCAUCCCAGCCCCCGCGUACUACGCACAUCUGGUGGCCUUCCGAGCACGCUACCAUCUCGUGGAGAAAGAUCACGACAGCGGGGAAGGAUCAUUCCGUUCCGGGGACAGUAGCGAGCGGACGCACAUGGACAUGGCGCGUGCCGUCCAGGUCCAUCCCGACACCCUGCGGGUCAUGUACUUCGCAUGACGCGGCACAACGACUCACAGCAAAACGAGGUUCCACUCAUCACGGAGAGUACAGACUGAAGAGAAAAGGGGCUGACGUAUCACUAUUAGGUCUUGUGGUUGGAUUCCAGCAAAGGCUAAUAUAUCUGAGAAUAGGCUGACUACGGAAUUGGUAUAAGUUUUGUCCUCUUGGCUACUAAAACGUCACUGUUAUUUCAAAAUCACUGAUUUUCGAUGGAAGAAAUUAAUCGAUUUUCGCUGCAAAAAUAUACAAAUAAAGAGGGAUGGGCACCCUCGGAAAUAAAAGUCAUCCCAGUAAACUAAGUUAUUAAUGUUCAAAAUAUGAGAUUGGAAACAAAAAGAUGCAAAAAGCACUCAAAAUGUGUUUCUUUGAAGUCUUCAACAAAAGUAUUUAAGUUUGUUUCUGGGUUUUUGAACGGUCACUUUCUACAAUCUACAUUGAAGAAUAGUCUAUGCAAAAUACAGCUCAAACCCCAAAUGAUUUCCUCCAAAACUCACUACUCAGAAAACUGGACCAAAGUACACCAAACGUAAGUACUUGUUAGAGCUUCUCCAGCAAUGCAAUUAGUAAUGCAGUUAUAUCAUUUGACUUGCAUAAUGUCAGAAUAUGGGCUAUAUACUGUAAUACCUACUACUGUUAGCCAAGAUAACAUCCAAGCAAUAGGUCUGAAAAGAUUGCUUCCAAACGUGACGAAAUGAGGAUAACUGUUGAAAGUGCCCCUACGAUACGCUUUUAGAGGUAGCGUGCUGCGAUGUUUUGUCGACGCGUACCUCGCGAUUGGUCUCUCCGAGAGACGGGAAAAUCUAACGUAGAGAAAUGUGCAAUAAUCCAAACGUCAGCCGGUCAGUUUUGCACGGUCCAGCCAAACCUACAAAGUACUGAAGCCUAGAAGUGCAUAUCUUACUGAGAGAAAAAAACACUUAUCAAACAUGAGUUACAUGACCAGAAAUACUACUACUAUUAAAGAACGUUUAGCAGCUUUUGUAAAUGCAAUAAGGACAGUUUGUUAACACAUUUAUGCAGAGUAGAAUCUAACUAUUACUAUAUCGUAUGCACCCGUGGUAGUCACUAAGGCCAGUGCAGUAAAGAUUUAAAGGGGAAUAUCAGAAUUACGUAUAACAUUUUUACAUUCCCUAUCUCUAUCCUCUGUGUCAACAAGUACUCCAAACAGUAGAAUGGAACUCUAUAAAAGGAUUAUUCCAUUGUAGGCGUCUAAAGAGAGGACGUGAAAUGGUUUGGAACGGGUUUGCUUUUGUAAAAGGCAUUUAAAAAAAGAUCAAAUUGAAAGAUUUGGAAGAUAUUGUAACAAAUUAAUUCUUCUUUUUUUUUAAAAGCGGGAAUAAAGAGCUGCCCAAAAGAAAAAGUCAAAAAGAAAACCUUUCCUUACGAUGGAAUAAUCUGUAUCAACAAGUAUUUGUAUCAACAAGUAUAUAUUUUCCAACAAUUGCUGACCAAAAUUAUACCAACUUGUUGCUCGUAAAAACGUCAUUUGGACCUCCAAAAGAAAUUUCAUCACAGGACCAAAAGUUUAAAUUGUGUUCCUGGCUCUUUACAAGUUUUUUGUUAGCCAAAAUGAUGUAAAGUGAGUUGAAGUGCAGUUGGUAAUGAUUUUGUUCCAUCUCUGAAGAAACCGGUGCCACACAAAAGGAAAAUAUAGCUCAUUCGAGGCCAGUGUCUUUUUCAACGUGGACAGAUUUCUGAGCACCAACCAAUUAAAUGGUAGAUUUACAGGCAAAAAGUUGCUGAAUUUGUGAACGAUUUUGGAAUGUCAGCAACCUUCGAGCUGUCAGCAAAUUGGGGUGAACGUCAUUGAGUUUGAUGCCGGCUUUCUCACUGUUUGGAUGCUUGUGACACACGAUGGACGAGAAAAGAAUAAACAGUCACUAUGUCUUAAAACGGAGUACGGAAGGUUGUAAAUAGGAGAGGCGAACGUCUUGUUUUAGCUCGUUGUUAAAGUGGUAUUUUUCUACAUUGGAUACCAUGCCCACCUGAACACUUUACAAGCUAGCAUCUCAAUUAAGCGGCAAGUCUUCCUAUAUUGUCUCUAAGUCAGGGUUGUUUCCAGGACCCAUCCCUCUGUCUUAGGAUACUUGUUGGGCCGUAAAACAAGUAACCGUCCAGAAAAAUCUGUAUUUCAGUUCAUAAAAUUGAUGUAAAUGUAUUUUCGUAAGCAUAAAAUGACUAACAAUGAAAAUUAACAUCAUGAACUCCCAAGCAAUGAGAGGGAUGGAAAAAAAAAACUUAAAGCUGGAGACAGCACUGCUUUAAAUGUGCCUAAUAUUAAAGUUUGUAUGAUAUUAACCCUCAUCUUAGUAGCUUACUGUCUUCUGCUAUAGCCAGUAAAAAGUUUGACAAGGAAAUGGGCCCACAACAGAAACAAGGGUAAACGAAAAGGUGGUAGACAGAAUAAAAUGGAAAGUUUGUCAUUUGUCGUCAGACAGGGAAAUGUCGGCAUUUCUGACAAUGGAGGGAUGAACAUUGUAUUUCCUGGUCUCCGAUUGGCUAAUAGAUAUUCAAAUCUGACCAAUCGGGGAGUAAGAAAAAAGGAACUUUUGUCUUCAAGGGCACCAUACCUUUUGAGAUGAAUGCAUCUUUAAGUCAUAACAUGCCAGUGUCACUACAAACGCUUCUCAAUAAUUUCUUAAAAAAAGCAAUGUUUCAAAAACAUAUCUGUUGCGUGAACUUCUCUGGAACAACAACAUAGGAGCAAACGAAACCAGAUGACCAAACCGUUUUUAAGAAAUGUAACAAUUACAUGUAGUUUGUAAACUACUUUGCCAGUGGCCCAAGAAAAUUUUUUUUUUUCAAUCUGAAUUUGCUGUAUGUAAUUUCUCAUUGUGCUUCAGGUGGGCAGAGGUCCAUAUAAACAAACUAUAGCCCCUUGUGCUACCAAAUGUCUUUCAAGAGUUUUUGUUGUCAUGUGUAAAUAAGUAUGUACUGUAGUUGUGUUAUACCCAUGAUAUAUUUGCUUUCUUUGUAGCACCUUUGUGACAUCCACCCUUUAACACGAUCGUAAUUAUAACUGGAGAUGUGAAAGAAAAGAUUGUAUGUAUUGUGGUGAUGUUAGUUGAUUAAGACAAAAUUUUCUUGUGGAGUUGUACAGUAGCUGUAAUUACUGAACUAAUCAUGAAAAGCAAGGCUCUACCUAUGCUCUGACCAGAAAACUCUAACAAACAAAGUUCCAAACUUUCCUUGCAUAUCAUAAAUGAUAAUAAAUGUGUAACAUUGAUUGAUAAGAGCAAUAGCAUGAUAUCACAUGUUAGAAGUUUAGGCAAGAAGUAUGUCAACUUUUUGAAUGGCCACCAGUUUUGUGUUUUGCCAGUCUUGUGAUGACAUAUAGUUUUGGGAUGCUGUGGUUGGUGACUUCAAUGGCAAUGUAUCAGGCUCCGCCUUAGUGGUGUCGCCAAAAAUCUCAGAGCAUAUACUGUAGUCUAAUCAUAGGUAUUAUAAGGUAGGCAGUUUUUGGCAAGACUUUUUAACAAUGUGGAAUUGUAUUGUCAUGAUUUGUGUUGGUGUCGCAUCAAAAAGCAACUUGUAGAAAAACAUAUUCUCUACUGGGAUUUUGUUUAAUUUGCACAGCUUUGAACAAAAUAUGAAGUCUUUCUUGAAUGUGUUCAUCAAAGAAAUUUAACAAGAGUAGUGUUGAGAAAAAAGUGCAGAAAGCUUUGAGACACUUGUUUUGCGAAAUGUGGUUACUAGAAUGCUGUGUUUUUUUGCACUUUGUUGUUGUUUUUUUAUUCUUCUUCACACUUUUACCGUCAAGUAGACACGUUAGUAUUUUCUCAGUACUUUCAGUUGUAAAAAGAAUUGUGUGAGUUGUGCGCUCUAGUAGAAGGUACUCGACAUGUUUUUUUUCUACAUUUUAGACUUUAGUCAGAAUUUACUUAGUGUAAGCAGUUUUGUAAAAAAAAAUGGUGUACUGGUAAGUAGACUUUUUUCAUUUAAACAUUUUUGACAGGAAACUAUAAAAUUUUCUUAGUUCAGUGUCGGGAAAUGUACUCAAACUAGUAGCUAACAGUCUAUCUUUGUUUCAUACAAUAUGCAUGUACACUGUAUUACUGGAAGUUUCACAAAGAACUAGUAGGUUAAAUCUACAGUGUGCAAGAAUUGCUACAAAAUAACAUGAUAUACAUGUAGUAUUCAUAACUUCAAAUGCAAUGUUUGUACCGAUAUUGUACUUGCUAGUAGCCCUUCAUACCUAAUUUUGAUAACUGAUUUAUUAUGUAGAAAACUCAUACAUAGUUUAUAAGCUUUUCAUUAUUCCUGUACCUUUCUUAAGCCAUGUGAUUUCAAUACAUUUUGAUAUAAGGUAGAAGUAAAUUCAUAAAGGCAUUGGUCUGUCCUAUAUUUAAGUGACAAGGAAAUACUGUUUUUUGUUUGAAUAUUCUAAAGAACAUCCAACAAGCUGUUUUGUUGUGUCAAUGUAAGAGUAAGGCCCUUUCGGUAUGAAAGUGAUUUCGCCAAGGAAGGAUUUGCAACUAUGAGACAGUCCCUCAAGAAACAGCUGAGUGCUAUUUGAAAUACUUGGGCAGCUCUAUUAUUUUUGUGUUAUCCUCCAAAGGUAUAUCACAUUAUCCAAAACCCAGAUUCACAAACACUGGCCAAACAAUAAGAUUGUUUUUCUGUUUUUAUUUUAAUGGAAGUUGGAAAUAUUAUUUUAUAUUGUACCUUUAAGUCACAAUGGCCAAACUUGCACGCUAAUAUUUAUAGUGGAAAAGAGUUGGAAACAAACAAGAAUAUAUUGUGAUUGUUUAUCUCAUGUUUUGAGCCAUACCUAUUUCCCUGUAUGUUUUUACUGAAUAUGCAUGUGUGUGUACCCAUGUAUCGGCUGCCAUGUAUAUUAAUGUGUAUUUGUUUUUAUUAGUUGUUGAUUGUAUUAAGAAUAAUGCUAGUUAUGUAAGUAACAUAAAAGCAGAAAGACAAAAAAAAUCUAAGUUUGUUUUGUGAAAAUACAAAAUGUACCCUCUGCAUUCAGAGUUAAGUAUUCGAAGUCUUCAUACACGAUUUAUAUUGGUAGCUGCCAAUAGACCUGGUGUAUUGGUUACUAAGGUGUCUUUAUACCAAUGUCUUUCACUGUUGUCCAAGACUGUGCUUGUAUUAUAUUUAAUAGUAUUACAUGGAUCAAAAGUAGAGGACUGCAAGAGAUGUAUGCUUCUGUUUCUUUCAGAUUAAAUUGUACUCAAACUUCA